GCCUGGUGCGACAAUGGCUACACGAUGGUCGUAUAACUAUAGCGAGACCAACUAUAGCGAGAAUGAUCGACGUCCAUUCAAAGUUGUUAUACCUAAUGGAGAACUGGCUCAGAUCCAACAGUGGGUACGCAAAUACCCUAACAUAGAAACGGGAGGAGAUCUAUUCGGACUUUGGUCACAAGACAACACCGCCGUCGUGCAACUUGUGCUUGGUCCAGGAGAAAACAGUCGUCGCACAUCGGUGUCCUACUAUCAAGAUACAAAAUACCUCGCCAAAGCUGGCUCUGUCUUGACCCGGCAGUACGGUCUUUGUCAUAUCGGUGAGUGGCACUCUCAUCACACGCUGGGCUUGGCUCAACCGAGUGGUGGGGACCAAAACACGGUUUGGAGCAACAUGCCCAACAACGGCUUCAAGCGUUUUAUUAUUUUCAUUGCAAACUUGGACAAGGAGACAAGAAGCAGGAAGUUGAAGGGAGGAGAUCUCCCAGUGGGUUUGGGCUGCUUUCUAUUUGAAGUGAAAAAUACCCAGACAUGGCAACGCUGCGACAUGAUGCAAGGAUCGUUUGAAGUCACUGAAGGACAAAGCCCCUAUAGACGACUACAAGGUCUGUCACUGGUGGUCAAUGAAGGUGCUGAGUCGGUCAACAAGAAUCACGAAAUAGGUCUCAAACAUGUGCAACAAGGAUGGGGAAGGCAUGAAGGCAGUAAUAUACUGCUCUAUAAUAAAGAUGAAGAGUUUGGUGACGAAGGAUUGGAGAGGUUGCCGUAUAAGGGCAACGCCUAUCAGCCACGGAAAUUGGUGUCGCCUUCAGAGAAGCCUCCCACUCAGAAACAGCAAUACAAGCAAUCUUCUCAAACAGGUCUCAUCGUCGCUGUUGAGUCAGCUAAACAGUUCAACGGAAAGGGCAUGUGGGCAACCCUAAAGGACCAACACAAGAAACUCUUGCUGAGUCUGAAGGAUGAAUUACAGGGUCAACUAGUGCAUGAGAUCAAUACAAUAACUGUCUCUUUCAUGGUAAGGGUGCCACCGUUCAUUGAACUGGCCUGCUGGUUGGUGUGCGAACUCCAGCAAAUUGAUGUGCUAAAGUUUUACCUUUUAGGAUCCGCACAAAAUUGCAAAGAAAUCAAGCCUUUUGAUCAAUCACAUGAUGUUGAUCCAGUUCAGUUAGUAAAAGAUGAAGUAGCAAAACAUGUUACUGUGGAAGUAGAUCAAAUCAUAGCUGCUAAUAAGUUAACUGCUACCCAAGCUACACCUCUCCAAGUAGUGAACACACAACAACAACCACAACAACAACAACCACAACAACAACAACCACAACAACAACCACAGGAACAACAAAGACAACAACAACAACAAGAACAACCACAGGAACAACAACAACAACAAGAACAACAACAAGAACAACAACACGAACAACGAAAGCAGCAGCAACAACAACAGCAACGACAACAAAAGGAACAACAAGAACUAGAACAGCAGCAGCAACAACUACAACAACUACAACAACAACAACAACAACAACAACAACAACCACAAGAAGAACGAGAAACAACAACCACAAGAACAACAAAGACAACAAAAAGAACAACAACAAGAACUACAAGAACAAAACAGCAGCAACAACAACAAAAACAUAAUCAAGCACAAGAACAAGCUCCCCAUUCUACUGAAGAUACUAGCAGUACUAGCAGACCUGUUUAGGUUAACUUCACCGCCAAUUAAUAGACUUAAGACAGACAGCAUUGUAUCAGUUUGAACUCGUCUGUGUGUUGUGUUGUGUGUGUGUGUGUGUGUGUGUGUGUGCGUGUGUGUGUGUGUGUGUGUGUGUGUGUGUGUGUGUGUGUGUGUGCAUGUAUGUGCGUUAUAACUUAUUGGCAACCUUUGCUAUUACCCCAUUAGCUAAAACUGUGAUGAAGUACCUAUCAAUUUCCUCCUAGCAUACUUUUUGUUAAAUGUCGCGUAAUUACGAGAGUUUUCAAUAUUGUGUAAAUGAAUCUAACUAACUGACUCCAGCGACGCGGAGAACACUGUCCUUAGAAUUAUGGAACAACAUGCAUCUGAUCAAGUCACUUGUAACAAGCAGCUUUAGACUAGUUACCGAUGAUAGCUGUGACUGGGUCUUAAU